AUGCCAGCCCGCCGCCUCCCCCUUCGCGUCCGCGCUGGUCCUGUCCCACCUCCCUUCGCAUGUCCUCCGCACUCAUCCGUGCUCCUGCUCGCCCCGACUGCCUCUCUGGCGAGUAAUGCGCCCUCGCCCAGCCUUCUCUAUGCGUUCCUCGCUGCCAGUGCCUCUCGGACGAAGGGGAUCUCUCGUCCCUUCUCCCUCCGUGCCCGCGGCGACUGUCUUGCAGAUGCCACUCCUCCUCCCAUCUCCCUCCCUGCUUGCGCUGCAGACCUGGCGAACGUGUCUCACCCCUUGCCCUUCCCGCGUAGUGCCGCCACGGAUCAGGUGAGCCAGACCCGCCAGUCUGUCGUCUAUCAUGUUGCCCAUGCCGAUCAGGCGAGCGCGACCUGCCCCCCUGCCUCCCAUCAUGGUGCUGACGCACCUCAGGCGAGCGCGACCCUCCGUUCCGCCCUCCUCCGCGCUGCCAACGCGGAUCAGGUGAGAACUCGUCCUCGCGCACUUCCUGUUGCUCCUCCGCCCGCCCCCGCUGCUGCUCUGAUGAGCUCCAGCACCAACCCUGCUCCUGCGCACGGUGACCUGAGCAACAAUGGCCUGAGUGGGAGUCUGCCACAGAGCUUGUCGGGCCUCACUCAACUCUCAGUCCUUGACCUUAGCUCCAACUUCCUGGAUGGAACCAUCCCCGAUAUGAUCUCCGAGCUGACGCAACUCAGCGUGCUUGACUUGAGCAACAAUGGCCUCACUGGGAGUGUGCCACAGGGCUUGUCCAAUCUCAAACAACUUAGAGUCCUUGACCUUAGCUUCAACUCCCUUGAUGGAACAAUCCCCGAGGGGAUAUCUGAGCUCACACAACUCAGUGUGCUUGACAUGAGUAACAACCGCCUGAGCGGGAGUGUGCCACAGGCCUUGACCGGCCUCACUCAACUCACAGUCCUAAAACUGCGCAACAACCAGCUGGGCGGCUGUCUGCUGCAGCCCAUCCCACCAUCCAUCAAGCAGUACCAGCUAGACAGCAACUUCUUCUCCUGCGGCUUCUCCUCUCCACCCGACUGCACCCAGACCAUCAUAGCCGUGCAAGCCAACUGCCUGGGCGCCACCGAUGUCCCGCCCUGCCCCAUGGACCCCCAGCGCGUGCUCGAGGUCUGUGCUUCCUUCUGCGGCCUCUCCCCGUCCUCGCCUGCUUGCGCUGGGCAUGGUGUCUGCUUCUAUUCCGGGCCCAGCAGGAUCCCCACCUGCGCCUGCAACACCGGGUAUGCCAACGGGGAGCUCUCAGGGACGUGCGUGGCAAUUGUUGCUGCUGGUGGGGCGCCUGUAGAAGACCUGUCCUUUCUGACCCCUCUGAGUGUUUCUUGCAACGAUGGUGGCGGCGCGGCGAUGGCGGUGAAGGGAGCAGCAGCGACGCGGCCGGAUAACAGCGUGGUGCUGACGAGCAACGAGCAGGCGGCGUGGGGAGCGGCGUUCCUGGUGUCGCGCGUGCGCCUCUUCUCCUACGCCGUCAAGAACCACUCGUGCGGCCGCGAGGUCGCCCUCAAGCUCUCCUUCUCCUUCUCCAUCGCCCCGGCCACCGGCAGCAAUGGCGUCGGGAAGGGCGGCCUCGCGUUUGUGAUCGUGGCAACGGAUGCCGUCCCUGGUGGGGACGGCAGCACGUUAGGUUACUCCGGCAUGGACGAGCGCAGUCUUGCAGUGGAGUUUGACACGUUUAAAGAUGCGAGCAGUGGAGACCCAGGCAACAGCCACGUGGGCAUCAACGUGGGUGGCUCCGUGGUCUCUAUUUCCACGGCUACUGUGCCAGGGCUCAACACAGGCAGCACCAAACACGCAUGGAUUGAAUACUCUCCAGGGAAGGGCGGGCUGCUGGCGGUGUAUGUGGGCAGUGCGGCCACUCGCCCGGCCAAGCCCGCUCUCACACGCCGCGUGUCGCUGUGUGAUGUGCUGAGGCCGACGUUUGAGGAGGCCACGUUUGUGGUUGGCUUCACUGCCGCCUCGUCUGACCCCCCUCAGAAACACACGGUGCUGCAGUGGUCGCUGGAUACAGAUUUUCCAACCCAGGGCGUUUCAGCAGCCCUGCCGCUGGGCUUCACACUAGCAGAGGCCACGUUCACCACCUCGGGAGUCAACCGCUACUUCCGCUACGCCAGUUCCGGCGCGCGGUUACCACCCGCACCAGCAGUACCUGCAGCAGCAGGCGCAGGGGCAGGUGCAGAGGAGGAGCAGCAGUGGGCGGUGGCGACGAACAUGACAUGGGUUCGCCCAGAUCUUCUGCCCAGCUGGCCGGUGCGCAACCAAGCGGGGUGCGGCAACUGCUGGGCGCAAGCUGUGGUGGCCAGUAUAGAAGCAGCCUAUGCUAUCCUCGCAGCCAACGGCUCACUGCCUGUCUUCUCCGUCGCCUCGCUCGUUGCCGACAUGAAGGCUGACUGCUCCGGAGGAUCGCCCUCCAAGGCAUUCCAGUACCUGCUUGCUGUUGCCAAGCGCGGCGGGGGGCUGCAAGCGGAACGGGUGCGAGCAGGGGGGGUUGUGGCGAGGCCUGGAGGGACGGGUGCGAUGGGUGUGGGUGUGGCAGAGGGAAGCAGUACGGUGGGGAGGCAGGGGAAACAGGGGUCACCGGCGGGGGCAGCAGCAGGUCAGAGUCAGAGUCCGCUGUGCUCUCCGCUGCUGAAGCCGAUAGCGGCGCUUCUGGGAUUGAAGUGCACAGCCAAGGAGAAAGCCGAGGCUGGCACGGUGCGCCCGGGCUACAGCAUAACGGGCUUUGAGCGGGCGGCAUUCUACAGCUGGUUCGGCCUGGUGCUGGCCGUGCAGCGGCAGCCCGUGGUGGUGCACAUAGAGGCGUCUGCUGACUCCUUCCUCAACUACGAUGGGCUGUCCAAGUACCAGGACCCAGCGUGCUUCACGUACAACCUGAACCACGUGGUGCUGCUGGUGGGGUACCGCCUGGUGGGGGCAGAUGAAGCCUUCCCCCACAUGGCGCCGCCCUUCUGGAUCAUCCGCAACUCAUGGGGGCCUGACUGGGGCGAUGGGGGCCACAUGCGCAUGGACAUCCAGGGGGGGGAUGGCGUGUGCGGCAUCAACACGCUGCCGGGGAUCUACCCGAUUGUCAUUGACAAGCAGGACCCGUGCAACAGCGGGGCGCACCGGGAUCCAAUCGGUGCGGUGUUGAACCCGUGUGGCAACUUCACGUGCACGGUCACAGCUGACCGCAGGUCCAACCGCUGCGACUGCAACACCUCAUCUGAUGGUCGCUUCAUUGAGGCCACCAACACCGAUGGCUCGCGCACCUGUGCCUAUGGUAUGAUGCCUCCUGCUCUGCUCUGCACCUGUGCCUAUGUGGACGCCUGUGCAGCGCAAAUCCGCAACCCGUGUGCGGUGGGCACGUGUGUGAACGACGGGGCGGGGUCGUACUCGUGUGUGUGUCCACCGGGCUUCAGGCAGGGCACCACCGUCGAUGGCACCUUCUCCUGUGCGCCCGGCAGCACCAAUGGCACCUACACCGUUGUCUCACCCAAUGUCAAGUGCUCAGACGUCUUUCCCAUCUACGGCCUCUCCCAGCAGCAAUUGAUGCAGCAAAACCCGGCCAUCUCAUGUGACUCUGCUCUACCAAUCAACUUGGUGCUCCAAGUCGCCCCACCCACCACCAUCACCCCCUGCUCUGUCUACUACACCACUGAACCGGGCGACACCUGUGAGGCCCUGGCGACCUACUUCGCUCUGGCCAGCACCUGUCCGUCCCCCGAGUGCACGGCAGCCUUGCAGGCGCUCAACCCGGGGGUGGACUGCAGCGCCAACAGCGGGCAGCUGCCGGCGAGCCAGGCGGUGUGUGUGGAGCGGCGGGCGGAGAUGGUGGGGGUGGUGGCGCUGUGCUCGCAGUAUUACUUCGUGGAGAGCGCCGAGACGUGUGAGUCCAUCCGCAACGUGCCCGACCCGCCUCUCUCCCGCGUCGACUUCUACCGUCUCAACCCCGGCAUCAAGUGCAGCCGCCUCGUGCCCAAGACGGACGUUGGCAGCUUCACCGGCUUCGAGGCUUGUGUUGGGAGCAUGGACA